GGGAAACCGACAAUGAGAAGCCGAACCCCGAGUGUGCGGCGUCGCUGAUAAAGUCAGACGCACAGUGAGUGAGUGAAAAUGUCACGACAACUAAACAAGCGAGCAAGUUUUUCACAAAAAGAAAAGUUAAUGGAUUAUAUCGAGACCCAUAUGGAUCUAAUGAGUAAACCCAAAGAGCCAGAUCUCUGCUUUCGUAUAAAGGAAGAAUGGAAAAAGCUGGGAGAUAUACUAAACUCAAUUCGUGGAUCAACUAAGUCCGCAUCCGAAUGGAAACAGUAUCUCAAUGAUUGGAAAAGGAGAACAAGCAAGAAAUACCAAGCCGUAAAUGCGAGUAUGCAAAGAUCGGGAAACUAUGAUUAUAAUUUUCUAAUGAAUCAGUUUGAAGAAAUUGAUCAGCGAUUGAUUAGAAUAAUGACACAAGAGGAGUUGGAAAAGGUGGCAGGACACCCUUCUGAAUCCGUGACGUCAGGAAUGAGUGGAGCGCCACUGUAUAUUGCUGGAUCUACUAGAUCCACAUCUCCAGAAAAUGAAAUUUUUGUUCCUAUUCAACCUGUUUCCGAGGUAUGGAUACCUAAAGAAGAGGACAUUACCGAUGAGAUAGAAGCUAGUCAAUCUUCAGCUUCAUCACCGGUGAAUGUGCCUAAACUGCCUAUACCCAUGCCCGAAAGAAAAAAACCAAGAAAGCAAGAUAAAAUAGAAAAGCUAGAUGACAAAGAUGAAAAUGAUUCGCAAAUGUUGCAAGAAAUGCUUGCAAUGAAGAAAGAGAAGUUAUGUCAUUUGAAAUCAAUGCAAAAGAUUGCUAAGAAAAAUUUUAAGUUGAAUUUACGGAAAGAAGAAAGAGAAGACUACAUUUUUGAAAUGUUGCUGAAAAAAGACAAAAGAGAAGAGGAAGAACAUCAUAUAAAAAUGCAAAUCCUUCAGGCAAAAUUGGAUGUUCUUAAAAAGGAAUUAAAUAAGUAAUUAUUAUUAAUUAUUAUUGCCCAUUAUGGUAAUCAAAUUCUGGAAUAAAGACUUUUAAAAAUA